AUGACGGGAGGUGAUCUUGGUUGGAUGACUCGUGGAUCAAUGGUGGGCACAUUCCAGGAUGCCGCAUUUGCUCUUCCGAUCAGUACUGUUGAUAAACCCGUGUAUACUGAUCCACCAAUAAGAACGCAGUUCGGUUAUCAUAUCAUCAUGGUUGAAGCAAAGAAGUGA